AUGUCAUGGAUAUUAGACGUCCUCACUCCUCAGUUUACUUAUGGUUCAACUGCUUCUUGGACAUCCAUAUUGUUUGCUGCAUCGGUUAUAGGCCUUAAUAAUCCUGUGGAAUGGCGUCAGCACCACAAUGAACUUAGUGACAUGACAGCCAUUAAGGCGGAGGAUAUCUUGGCCACCCUUCAGAGCUUAGAAUUGAUCCAAUACCGAAAGGGGCAGCAUGUCAUUUGUGCAGAUCCCAAGGUAUUGGAUCGUCAUCUGAAAGCUGCUGGCCGAGGUGGUCUUGAAGUUGAUGUUAGCAAAUUGAUAUGGACCCCUUAUAAAGAGCAAAAUUGA